AAAAACUUGUCCGGUAUUUGCCCUUUUAUUAUUUUCUUUUUGUUUUCGCUGUUCCCUUUCCGUCGAUCCCCAGCUAUCGGCCGAUUCGAAUCGUCAGAUGGUACUAUGCAUCGCUAGACUCAGAAACCUUAUCGCUCGUUCUCCGGCGAUCGACCGAUUCAAUCUCCGGCGAGAUCUCGGCCUCGAUCAUGCGAGCAGCGAUCGCCUGAUCUUGUUCCCUCGGUCUCGUCGGAGCUUUAGGGCGACCGCGACGAUGAUGGUGGAUUCCAGCGGCGCGACGACGGGAACUGGACCUGUCGUCGUCGGCGGUUUAAAGGAGAGAGAUUGCGUUAAUGAUGGCGGUUAUGUUUGCGGAGGAUGGAUGAGCAAUAAUGGAAGAUUGAGUUGUGGAUAUUCAAGUUUUAGAGGCAGGAGACCAAGCAUGGAGGACUUUUAUGACAUGAAGACCUCUAAAAUUGAUGGAGAAACAGUUAAUCUCUUCGGGGUAUUUGAUGGUCAUGGUGGUUCACGUGCUGCAGAAUAUUUAAAGGCUCACUUAUUUGAAAACCUUAUGAAGCAUCCACAAUUCAUGACAGAUACCAAAACAGCUUUAAGUGAGACAUAUAAAAAAACUGAUUCAGACUUCUUGAAUGUUGAGAGAAAUAUUUUACGGGAUGAUGGUUCUACAGCUUCAACAGCAGUUUUGAUUGGAAAUCAUUUAUAUGUAGCAAAUGUUGGGGAUUCACGUGCUGUCAUGUCUAAGGCAGGGAAAGCUAUCCCUCUCUCAGACGACCACAAGCCAAACAGAAGUGAUGAGCGCCACAGAAUUGAGCUUGCUGGUGGUGUUAUCACAUGGGCUGGCACUUGGAGAGUUGGAGGUGUAUUAGCAAUGUCUCGUGCAUUUGGUAAUCGCCAACUGAAAAGGUUUGUAGUGGCUGACCCUGAAAUCCAGGAACAAGAUGUUGACAAUGAUUUGGAGUUUCUCAUUCUUGCCAGUGACGGAUUGUGGGAUGUAGUGCCUAACGAGGAUGCUAUAUCCAUUGCAAGUAUGGAAGAAGAAGCAGAGGCUGCUGCCUUGAAGUUGAUGGAAACUGCCUUCUCUCGUGGCAGUGCAGACAACAUUACGUGCAUUGUGGUGAGAUUUCACCAUGACUGGAUGGAUAUAGACUCUCAUUGUGAAGGAUAAACCUAGAUUUUACCCCUCUCCCUAAAUCUGUUAACUACUCUUAUUGUGUUACCUGCAAAUGCAAUUAAUUGCAGACUGAGAGCCUGUUCAUUUUUGCCGUUUUAUCCCCUUUUUGGAUGCUUAGAGCUAUGUUUCUUUCAUCAGCACGGCUGUUCAAUUGCCAUCCCACGUAUGGUAUGUCGCAAAUUUUCCUUUUCA